AUGUGGCUGGAUCGUCUAUCUGGUCAUUCAACGCCCUCGGGCUCUCCGUCUCCAUACAAUAACCGCAAUUAUUCGCCUCACUCGCGCAGACCCUCCCAUCUUUCCCCUAAUCCACCCUCGAAUCGCCCAGGGAUCAAUCCGCGGUCAUCCUCGUUGUCUCUAUUAUCUAUCUCGAAUGACUCCACGGCAUCCCUCCCAGGUACUGCUCGCGCUUCCAAUGGCGCGUCCCAGAAACAAGGAACGUCCAGUUCACGUCCACCCGGUGUACCAGAUCCCAUUGACGUGCUGAAUGCUAUCAUUGGAAAACGGAGUGACGAGAGUGGCGGAACAGGCCUUGAUGCAGAGGCAGAGCCCGCGGAGAAGCCAGCGCAGCUCGUGGAGACGAUUGACUUUGAGGGCCUCAGCCUAGAAGAAUUUAUUUCGAAGAAAGAUGAGACGAACGUGUUUCUCAAGAGUGAAGCAGGUGCCCAGACGAUCCAGCAAUUUGAAAAGGAAAGAGAUAAAUUCCAAGAACUCCAUAAUGCCAUUACCGAUUGCGAUGAUAUCCUGAAAUCAGUCGAGUCGUAUCUCGCGGAUUUCCAGACUGAACUCGGGGCUGUUUCUGCUGAAAUCGAGACGCUCCAGUCCCGUUCCAUCCAGCUGAACGCCAAGCUUGAAAAUAGAAGGAAUGUAGAAAAGCUCCUGGGACCAGCAGUGGAAGAGAUCAGUAUCUCUCCUAAGGCGGUCAAAGUGAUCGCUGAUGGACCAAUCGACGAGAACUGGAUGAAAGCCCUAACUGAAUUGGAAGCCCGCGCUGCUACCAUCGAAGCCAAGUCUUCUGGAUCGAAUAAUAUCAAAGCGAUCGAGGAUGUCAAGCCAUUAUUGACAGACAUCAAGAACAAGGCUGUCGAAAGAAUCCGCGACUACUUGGUCUCUCAGAUUAGAGCUUUACGAUCGCCAAAUAUCAACGCUCAGAUCCUGCAGCAACAGAAGCUGGUCAAAUUCAAGGACCUAUAUAGCUACAUCUCCAGGGCCCAUCCUACUCUUACAGAACAGAUAACGCAAGCAUAUGUCAACACGAUGCGCUGGUACUAUCUGUCUAAUUUUACACGGUACAAUCAAGCCCUGGAGAAGCUGAAAUUGCAUACCGAUAGAAAUGAUGUUCUGGGCGGUGAUCCUUCGUCUCAACGCACUGGAAAUAUCUUAACCACUGGUCGAGGUGUGACUGCCGCCCACGAUCCUUUCUCUCUGGGAAGAAGAAUGGAUAUACUCAGAACCACCAACCAUAUGGCCAUGUCGUCGUAUCUUGUGGAUGAAGACAAGUCGGUUCAUGGAAUUGAGGUCCCAUUCAGAAACUUCAAUCUUGCUCUGGUUGAUAAUGUCUCAGCAGAGUAUUCUUUCAUGACUGAGAUGUUUUCCACUAAGACAUUCCACCAGAUCUCCCGCAGAGCCGUCGAAAUCUUCGAGCCUGUCUUUGCUCUCGGGCAGUCGUUGACCAAACAAUUGAUCGAAAACAGUACUGAUAGUCUUGGUGUUCUGUUAUGCGUCAGAUUAAAUCAGCAAUCCGCCUUUGAGCUACAGCGCCGCAAGAUUCCUGUGGCAGACUCGUACGUCAACGGCACCAACAUGCUAUUGUGGCCGCGAUUCCAGAAAAUUAUGGAUAUGCACUGCGAGUCAUUGAAGCGCUUGUCGGCUUCAGGACGAAGUUCAGUCCCCUCUCUUUCAUUAGGGGGAGAUGACAAGCACUCAUCCGCGCCUCACUUCCUCACUCAGCGAUUCGGUCAACUGCUUCAUGGCAUAUUAGCUCUGAGUGGCGAGGCAGGUGAUGACGAACCCCUAUCAAACAGUCUUGCAAGAUUAACUGCCGAAUUCGACUCUCUUCUCACAAAACUCAGUCGAAGCACUGGAGAUCCGAAGAGAAGGGAACGCUUCCUCUUUAAUAAUUACUCUUUGGUUCUAACCAUCAUCAGCGAUACGGAUGGAAAACUAGCAGCUGAGCAGAAACAGACCAUACGUUCGUGUCGUUAUCAACAUCUUGAAGAUGACGUUGCUAAUAGCGCACUUCAGGUCAUUGGAGCUGGAGUAGUAGGCCUUGCGGUUGCUCGGCAAUUGGCCUCGAGAGAUGGCACGUCAACGAUACUGUUAGAACGGCAUGGAGCUGUGGGGAUGGAGACAAGUAGUCGGAAUUCAGAAGUCAUCCAUGCUGGUAUAUACUACCCCGCAGAUUCCCUGAAAACGAAGCUCUGCAUCAAGGGUAGAGAGAUGUUAUACGACCUAUGCGAGAAGCGGGAUAUUCCCCAUCGCAACACGAAGAAAUGGAUCGUUGCCCAAAAUGAAGACGAAUGGAAAUCCUGUCUCAGAGUCCACGAACAUGCGCAAUCGAUAGGUGUACCGACACGACUGGUCAGUCAAGAGGAGGCGAAGCAGAGAGAGCCAGAAGUCAGAGCGCAAGCGGGCAUCGUGGAGAGUUUGACUACAGGAAUUGUGGACAGUCAUUCGUUAAUGACAUGCUUACAAGGUGACUAUGAGAAUCAGGGGGGAGAUGUCGCCCUCCAAACGGCCGUGACUAGGAUCGAGCCCUUGAAUUCCGGCAAAGAUGGAUAUCGGAUAUGGGCACGAUCUGAAGACGGGUCUGAGGAUUCGAUCACAGCAGAAACUCUCAUAAAUAGCGCAGGAAAUGGGGCUUGCUAUAUCAACAACUUAGUUCUCCCCGAGGAACGACACCGCACGCCGUAUUUCGCGAAGGGGACGUAUUUCUCUUACUCGGCAUCUUCCCCCAGAACUUCGACGUUGAUCUACCCGGCCCCGAUGCCAGGACAUGGUGGGCUGGGUACACAUCUCACUUUGGAUCUGACCGGACGCAUACGAUUUGGACCUGAUGUUGAAUGGAUCAGCGACCCUAAUGAUCUAAAACCGAGUGCUGCCAGGCUUCAGGAGGCACUACCUCAAAUCAAGGCGUAUUUGCCCAACGUCAACCCAGAGGCAAUCGAUCUGGAUUACUGCGGCAUCAGACCGAAAUUGAACCCGGGUGGUGGAAACACCGCUGGGAAGGGCUUUCAGGACUUCAUCAUUCAAAAGGAAGAGGGGUUCCCCGGUUUUAUCAACUUAUUAGGCAUUGAGAGCCCUGGAUUGACGAGUGCCCUAGCUAUCGGAAAGAUGGUCGAGGGUCUUCUGUAUAAGUGA